UGUCAAGAACAAUCUGGAUAGUGAAACUGAUCUAUACUAUUAGUAGUAGGUGUCUCAAGCUGCUUAUACCAGCUAAGACAAAAUUUGCCCUGGAGCAUUCCCAUGCAAGACCAUCCAGACUGAUAUAAAAUCAAACCGUCUCAUUGUUUGCUCAUUAUUGUUCAUGGUCAUGUUUUUUCUGGUGGACAAUAAUUCCACCUUGACAUCAUCCAUCGCGAUAAGCAUCAUCCGAAUCCUGCCGCAUUUCUCCUCUCCCCGCCCUUCCCUUUCUCCCUUCUUCUAACCACCUCCAUCCCGGUCACUUUCUGGACCCUUCAAUCCUCCAUCUUCUCCCUUUACUUCCACAUGCGCCCGCCUCAGCAUGGCGGAGGGUUCCAGAGCACCCACGGAGACUGAAGCCGUACCGCGUUCUUCAAUGUCCCCCGCGUUACCUGCGAUCGUCACCACCACCUCCAACAACAGCACCGCCAGCAAACCAACUCCCAUCCGGACAUCGCAGUCCUAUCCCAUCGGUUCUGCCCCGUCGGAUGUCGCUUCAGGAUCCAGUGGGAAUAAUACACAGCAGCAGGAUGCACGCAGGAAUGCUCAAUCGGUGCAUAAUAAUACCAAUAAUGCCUUGUCGCCGACUGGGUUGGAUGCGAGUGCCGAGUCUAGCGCAAUCGAUCCAUUGUCUCAACAUAUUAUCAAGCGCACGAAUACCCAAAAGUCGAUUCCGCUGAGGCUACUGGGGAAGGCGUCUUACGAGGCGGAAGCUGGCGGGCCAGACAGUCAUAGCCUGAGCGAACAGAGUCCAUCCCGGGGUGAUGCAGUGCCACAUCAGAAACCGAAGCCCCCGAAAGAGAAGAAAAAAGCCGUCUCGUUUCUCAGCCGCAUAAUCGGGAAGAAAAAGGAUCAGCUGUCCGACUCAGAAGACGAUGUUUCGGAACCCGAAUCGAACCGCAUGGAUGCCGACGCUGCGCAGCGGAUAGGAUUUACUCCUCGAAUUCCCCCUCCACCGAAAUACCUCAGAGUCAAGGCGCAAUACAAAAAAGAGAAGACAUUCAACCGGGUGUUCGUGGCGCAGGAGCUGGAUGGUGCAGACGAGCCGUCGAUUCCGUUGGACAAAGGCGCGACGGUCCCGACCACUGGCGUGCGAAGUGAAACGGCUACUGGGAAGGCAGUAUGGGCAUUAGUGUUCUCAAAUGAUGGGAAAUAUCUAGCAGUCGCAGGGCAGGACAGGAAGGUCCGUGUCUGGGCUGUUAUCGACUCGGCAGAAGAGCGGGAGGCAGCGGAGCUGAGGGGAGAAGGAGGCCAAAACGACGGACCGCCCCGGUUGAAAGCGCCAGUGUUCAAGUCAAAGCCGGUGCAGGUGUACGAGGGUCAUACCGGGAGUAUAUUGGAUCUGAGUUGGAGCAAAAACAACUUCCUUUUAUCCUCGUCUAUGGAUCGGACUGUUCGCUUAUGGCACGUGUCUCGGGCAGAAUGUCUCUGUUGCUUCCAACACAGCGAUUUCGUCACUUCGAUUCAGUUCCAUCCUCGUGAUGACCGGUUCUUCCUUGCAGGAUCGCUUGAUACCAAGCUGCGACUUUGGAGUAUUCCCGAUAAGAGCGUGGCUUUUGUCGCAACGGUGCCAGAUAUGAUUACAUCGGUUGCGUUCACUCCCGAUGGUCGACACUCGAUUGCUGGAUGCCUCAACGGAAUGUGCAACAUCUACGAGACAGAUGGGCUGAAGGCUAUUGCGCAGAUCCACGUCCGUUCAGCGCGCGGUCGUAACGCCAAGGGCAGUAAGAUUACAGGCAUUGAUACUAUCGCCCUGCCGGCCAACAAUGAUUUGAACGCCGAGGUCAAGCUUUUGAUUACCAGCAAUGAUUCUCGCAUUCGGAUUUACAACUUCAGAGACCGGACGUUGGAGGCCAAGUUCCGUGGGAAUGAGAACACGUGCAGUCAAAUCCGUGCUUCGUUUAGCGACGAUGGCAAGCAUGUCAUCUGUGGGAGCGAGGACCGCAAAGCAUAUAUCUGGCCCACUGGCCCCGUGGAGAAAGAUGCGGACAAACGUGCAGUGGAGAUCUUCGAUACGCAGACUGCCAUGGUAACAGCGGCAAUUAUGGCACCUACAAAGACGAAGCAGGUCCUGGGCUUUUCGGAGGAUCCAAUCUAUGAUCUCUGCAAUCCGCCUCCAGUGACACUAGUUAGUCAAGCGGAGCCUGCAUCUAAAGAUCGCAAUCGCAACUCCGGUGCCAGCAAACUGGCACAAGAAUCACCGGCUUAUCUGUCUCGAUCCACGCACCCAGAUGGCAACAUAAUCAUCGUUGCCGACUAUUCCGGCAAGAUCAAGGUUCUCCGACAGGACUGUGCGUAUCAAAGACGACGCACUGACAGCUGGGAUACGCACUCCACGCUUUCUAGAAAAAUUCUGCGGCGCUCCAACUCGGCUCGCCUCAGCAUCGCCUCUUCCAUUGGAAAGGACUCGGCGCAUAAGACUCCGUCGGAGCGCAUCAUUUCCUGGCGCAAUGCCGUCAUCAAACAUGAUACCAACCGUGCAGACUCCCGACAAGGAACCAGAACCCGAAGUCCGUCGCCGCACAAACUCUCUCGCUACUCGAGCCCCAGACGUGUGACAGACUCCCCUGCGUUGACCGUUUCCCCGCCGCAUUCCGACAACAAAUCCUCCAUGGAUAGUGCUCAGUCCAGUGCUGAAACUUCGGGCGGUACUCAGGCGGUAGAUUCACGGCCGCUUCCACGUUCUGCGGCGGCAGUAGUCAAAAGUGGCAAGGAGAAAGAUAAUCCUCUGUGGUUACAAGGCGAUCAAAGCUAUGCAUAUUGGAACAAGAUCACCCACGAUGCGCUGGCGUCCCAGCAAAGACAGUCCAAGCUACUGAGUCCGCAUCGCGCCUCAGCACACGACCGACAUAUGAGCGUAGGAAGUGCCUUGAGCAGUGACUACGCUUCAUCCGCCGGCGAGGCAGACGACGGGGAAGUUCUCAAAUGCGAAAACUGCGGGGGGACGAACUUCCGCGCGACCAAGGGGAGAAACAGCAAACAGAGAUUGGUCUGCGUGCGGUGUCACCGACCUAUCAGUUGAUAUUGGUUCUUUUUGGCUUUUUCCUUUUAUGAUUCUCACGAUUUUUCUUCAUUUGGCAUGGGCAUCUUGAUGGUGUUCUAACUAUGUUUAUGUACUAUGUAGCAUUUUGUAAUUAGGUCUUUGUAUAGUAUGAGAAGACGAUGUAUGUGAUGUAUGGCAUGCAAUAUGACUUUGUUUUAUUUCUGAAAAUAUAGUUCAUCAUAGUUGACGUGCUCUGCUCAUAUCAUAGUCUUAUCAUUCCUACCGCCAAGCCUGACUUUCUGCCCUCCGACUCCACGCUGUCCGCACCUCCACAGCUUCAUCCAGAACACCUCACUCUCUCACCUUACUGAACCUCACCCUCCAGACUCACAGAAGAACAAAAAACUACACCCGAAAAUGCCUUACCUCCCCACAUCCCAGGAAUACCUGGAACAAUCCUGCCUAUUGCUAGAAGCAUACCCGGA